AUGUCCAAGUUUUUAUCAGAAAUCCUCCUUCCUAUAUUAAUGCGCGAGGCCGGGAUGUGUGAUGUUGUUGAAGAAAACAUGAUGAUCAAAACCCCUAAUAUGAUCAUUGGAAAGUUGCAGAUUAAUAAUAUUGAAAACAAUUGUGGACUGGUCGAAGAUGUUGAAGAAGAAGAAGAAUUUGAGUGUGGAGAGACAGAACAAGAUGAUGAUGGUGAUGCUGAUGCUGAUGCUGAUGAUGAUGAUUAUGCAUCCAAGAAACUGAAAGAAAAUUCUGUCAAGAAAAUCAUUGAGAAAAAAUGCGAAGCGGCCCUUGAAGUUAAAUUAAGAGUGAAGUUUCUCAAGAAACCUGUAGUCGAAGACCCAUUGGGGAACGACUCAAUAAUUACGUCCUCUGAAUUCAGUACUGAGAGAAAGAGAAAAUCAUGCAAGAGGAAGGCGAAAAGUAUUGGCACAAGUGGAGAAGGAUCUUCAUCAAGAAACAACAAGAAAAGAUGCAUCAAUCCGAGGGAAGAGCCAGCGCCUCCAUUACCCGUACAAUUCAAAAACGCAGUUCUUGCCCUAGCACAAGGUAGAACUGUCUCGGAAGUAAAGUUGGUGAUACAGAAGCAAUUGUUCGCUAGUGAUAUGGCUAGUGAUCAAAAUCGGUUCACCAUUCCGGAAAAUCAGAUUAGAGAGGAGUUCCUGAGCAAUGAAGAGAAGAUAAAUUUGUCAAAGUACAUUGGAAAUAUCAUGCAGCUUUGGGCUGUUCGAGUUGAUGAAGAAUUGCUUUUUGUGCUUGUCAAGGUUGCCUGA